AUGUGUCGGGUCAAUCAGGACUGGUAUCAGGUGUGCAUUUAUGAUAUGAGAGAAAUGGCUGAACGUAGUCAAGCAGAUGAACACACAAGCAGGAAUAUCUCAGAAGGACAUCUAAUAUCAUCCCAGGAUUGUGAAAUAAAAGAUGACAAUGCCAAAUGUUUUACACAGAACACAAAGCGUAUUACCCAUCAGCCAGUUAAGGCAGGCGAGAGGCAAUUUCCAUGUUCUGAGUGUGGGAAAUGUUUUGCACGGAAAUUAUUUCUUGUUCACCAUGAGAGAAGUCACACCGGAGAGAAGCCAUUUUCUUGUUCCGAGUGUGGAAAACGUUUUUCACACAAGUCAUAUCUUGUUAUGCAUGAGAGAAGUCACACCGGAGAGAAGCCAUUUACAUGUUCUGAGUGUGGAAAAGGUUUUUCACAGAAAUCAACUCUUGUUCAACAUGAGAGAAGUCACACCGGAGAGAAGCCAUUUACAUGUUCUGAGUGUGGGAAACGUUUUGCACUUAAAUCAACUCUUGUUAGACAUGAGAGAAGUCACACCGGAGAGAAGCCAUUUACAUGUUCUGAGUGUGGGAAAUGUUUUACACAGAAAUCGAAUCUUGUUCAACAUGAAAGAAGUCACACCGGAGAGAAGCCAUUUUCUUGUUCUGAGUGUGGAAAAGAUUUUUCACACAAGUCAUAUCUUAUUAUACAUGAGAGAAGUCACACCGGAGAGAAGCCAUUUUCAUGUUCUGAGUGUGGGAAACGUUUUGCACUUAAACCAACUCUUGUUAGACAUGAGAGAAGUCACACCGGAGAGAAGCCAUUUUCAUGUUCUGAGUGUGAAGAAUGUUUUACACAGAAAUCAACUCUUGUUAGACAUGAGAGAAUUCACACAAGUGAGAAGCCAUUUCCAUGUUCUGAGUGUGGGAAAUGUUUUACACGGAAAUCACAUCUUGUUCAACAUGAGAGAACUCACAGAGGUGUGAAGCCAUUUGCAUGCUCUGAGUGAUUAAUAAAUCAGCUCUUGUUGGACACAGUAGACAUCACACAGGUGGGGAACCAUUUUAAUCUUCUGGAGUAUACUCAUCUUCACCAUUUCCCUGCAUUGUUCCUUCAGGUUUUAUCCUAUGUCCUGUGUUUUUUUUUUUACAAUAUACAUGCUGCUACUGGGUGAAAUAAUAAGACGUCAUGUCCUCCUUUACCUCUACUAUGCAGAUAACCUGUCUUUGCUCCGGGUACUGAAAACAAUACCAAUACUAAAUGUCUAGCUGAGCUCCAGGUGUGGGUGAUGCCAGUAGGCCGUGACUCAGUCCUAGUGAAACAGGUCCAUAUGCUAAUGCAUGCCGACUCUCCUGUCUUCUGAUUACUUCCUCCCAUGCCUAU